CGGGAGCCCCAGUCCGACCCAGAAGCCCGGGAGCCUCUGAGCUUGGAGCCUCGUCAAACCACCAGCGAACCCACCGGGGCGGAGGGCAGCCGGCGGCGGGAAGGGAGGUCCUGAGCCCCCGCGAGCGCCCGCAGAGACGCUCUCCCCUCCUCCGGCGCCUCGCCCGCCGGGCCCGCCCCCAGAGCGGGGAGAUCACCUCCGCCCGUCACCUCCUCCUCCUCCCCCGGCCGCUCAGGUCCACCCUGGGCCCCCUCCCCGGGCCGCCCCCGAGCGCAAAGUUGGCGGGAGCCUAUAAAAGGCAGUGGCGGCGCGACCCGCGGACACACGGUGCAGCCUCCCCAGCGGCCACCGCUAGAUAGACACCAACUCCUACCCUGCCCGGACCAGCGGCGCGACCAUGUCCCAUCACUGGGGAUACGACCGGGACAACGGACCUGAGCACUGGCAUAAGGACUUCCCCAUCGCCCAAGGAGAGCGCCAGUCUCCUAUCGACAUCGACACCAAAGCAGCUGUUCAUGACCCUGAGCUGAAGCCUCUGAAUGUUAACUAUGAGCAAGCCCUUUCCCGCCGGAUUCUGAACAACGGUCACUCCUUCAACGUGGAGUUUGACGACUCUCAGGACAAAGCAGUGCUGAAAGGAGGACCUCUUGCUGACACUUACAGGUUGAUCCAGUUUCACUUUCACUGGGGUUCCUCUGAUGACCAAGGUUCUGAGCAUACUGUGGAUAAAAAGAAAUAUGCUGCAGAGCUUCACUUGGUUCACUGGAACACCAAAUAUGGGGACUUUGGAAAAGCUGUGCAACAACCUGAUGGACUGGCUGUUUUGGGUAUUUUUUUGAUGGUUGGCAAUGCUAAGCCAGGUCUACAAAAAGUCAUUGAUGUGCUGGAUACCAUUAAAACAAAGGGUAAGAGUGCUGACUUCGCUGGCUUUGAUCCUCGUGGCCUUCUUCCUGAAAGUCUGGACUAUUGGACUUACCUGGGCUCGCUGACCACCCCUCCUCUCCUGGAAUGUGUGACCUGGAUCGUGCUGAAGGAACCUAUCAGCCUUAGCAAUGAGCAGAUGUUGAAAUUCCGUAGCCUUAACUUCAGUUCACCAGAUGAACCUGAAAAACUGAUGGUGGACAACUGGCGUCCAGCUCAACCUCUGAAAAACAGAAAAAUCAGAGCUUCCUUCAAAUAAGAUGGUCUCAGAGCCAGUGUCUACAUAUAGUGAUUUUGAAUUUUCCUCUAGCUAAGCACAGGAUGUUGGUGAAUUUUAGACCCUGCUGCUUUGUGUCUGUUUUUCUAGACCUCUCCUCUCUUACUUGAUGUACUUACUAAUAAAAUGUGAACAGCUAGGCUAAUUGUCAAGCAUAAUGAGUUGCUGUGACUAGUGCUUUGCUUAUAAUAGUUGCCUUUUUUUUUUUUUUUGUAUCAGAAUAUAAUAUAAGGAAUAGGAAAAAAGGAGUCUUGACCUGGUUCACAGCAUGUGGAGUGGUGAGCAUUACAGUUGUUCAUUAAGAUGCUAUUUUUAAAACAUAGGGAAGUAGGAUGAUUGAAUGCAAGUCUGUAUCAUGAGGUAAACUGAGCUGCAUAAUCUAAAUCAGGUAAAAUUACUAUGAUUUUAUGUAAUGUAAAUCAGAUGAAGCCAAUGUUUAUGAUUUAAAGAACUUAUAUUAAAGAACAAUUUUAACUCAUAUAUUUAUAGCAGUGUUAUCUUAAAUAUAAAUUAUGUUGUAAUUUAGUGACUUUUAAAUCACAGAGAUAUAAAUGAAGUACUAUCUGUAAAAAUUGUUAUAGUAGUGAUACAGAGUAUAUUUCCAUUCAAAUAAUAUAUGAUAAUAAAUAUUGUAUUUUAGAUAUAUUCUCUAAUAAAAUUUGGAAUUCU